AUGGCGCAGACUCACCGCGGGUACAUUUUUGGCGCGUUUGUGUCGAGUGUAUUAUGUGUGAUAUUAGUUAUUGUUGCGAUUGCUACUGAUAGUUGGAUAGUAUCAACGACGUAUGGCGACAACCAAGCGCAGGAGAGUACUGUCAGCUAUGGAAUGUUCGGCGGGCAACUGGCUCUAUAUGUGUUCGACACACCAUCUUAUCACGACCUUCAUAUGACAUGUUUAGCAGACAUCAACGCAUGCGCUGUGAGCUGUAAAACUGAAGCAGCAGCAAGGGAAGAAGAGGUUCGAGCUUUAGCGCAAGGUUUGAGGCCCAACCAAGCUUGUGUAGCAGUUACAAUAAUCACUCCGGGAGAUCCUUUACCAAAUCCACCAGUAAUUUCGUUUGGGAUAUACGUGAGCACUCUCGUGGUACUUUUCCUGCAGUUGGCGUUAUCAGUAGUGAUGGCAACACUCUUGUUGCUGAAUGCGUUAAAAAAUCCCACUGAACCGAUAUUUGGGCUUCCUGGUUGUUUAUGGACAAGUGUAGCCACAGCUACCGUGGGCCUCGUGACCAUGCUGCUGUUCGGUAUCUACUGGGCCACGUCCGGCUUGAGCGAACAUCUAGCUUUCUCUCACAUAGCUCUUAUUGAGGAGCUCAAUCACAGCCCAAACUUAGGUUUUUCGUAUUGGUUACUCAUAGGGUCGAUACUAUGCUCCAUGUUAAACGUCAUUCUAAUUCAGUUACGGCAAUACCUACUCGAAAGAGACCCUCCACCACCUACCAUCAAAGUUGAAAACCACUCAGAUGGUACCAUUUUCCUGUACUAAGGAGCGUCAUAAUAAAUGCAACUGCGUUAAAACUCUGUGGUUAGAAACCGCAGUGCUGAUUUCUCGAAAGUCGUGUCUGUGUAUUGUUUUUGGAUUGAAGGUAUAUGUGAAAAAUCUUAUAACACUGCAGUUUGCUCUGUUGAGUUCAUUCAAAUAUAUUUUAUUUGCUAUGAU